AUGAAGUUGUGUCUCCAGGCUCUACUAACGACUUGUAUCGCCCAUGCCAUCCAAAUUCCUCUCAGACCGCCCCCCGAUUCCGCUGAAUCAUCGACUUUCGAGCACAAGGCAUGGGACUUGAACAAGAUCCCAGACCCCGACUCUACCGGACACCUGAUCUUUGACACGGUGGCUUCGCUGCUGCAGCAUUGGCCCAACACUCGAUACAGAAAUGGCCAUAACAUUGUCCCCGGGCUUGUCCCACCGGGAACGCUGCUUUAUCAUGGAAGACGCGAUAACGUCAUCCCCUCCGUUCCGGAGUGGGUGGCCACCGACCCCGAGCACUCGUUACUGUUCUGUCGUGAAGAUUGUUGGCACUUGACGCUCGUCACAGCGCGUCCGCUCAAAGUCUUGUACUUCGAUGGUAGUAGCGCUGCUAAAAUGGAGGGUGGACCCAUGGAUAGCCAGGACAUCGUUGCUUGGGGAAAAAUCAAACCAGAUUGGACAUUUAGCGAGCGCCGAAGAAUAGAAGACCUCUGUGAAUGGGGCAAGAUGUUUGAUUUAGAUGGGUUCGUCAGAAUGGAAAUGGAUUUUGAAAUUAUGCUCUGUGACUUCUCUGCCGGAGUCGAAGUCGCCUCAUUCCUCAAUCUCACCAGCAAGAUGACAGGCAAGGAUCGUCCGGGUCUCGAUACACUCUCCGUCGAAGUCAUCGUAGCAGGCUCGUGGCAUAACUUCUACCCUGGAGAAACGCGCAUUGUGUUGGAUCUUUCGCGUCUUGUGUCUUUCUACGAUACCACCUUGUCACCUUCCCUCGUGCGCAAGCGCCGAGGGCAGGAACGAUGGCAGCAUCGCUUGGAAGGCAUGGCGGAAUCUGACGUUCAUUCUGUCAUGCAGAGAUUAAAAAACGUUCUUGACGGGAGUGCGCCAUAUCCCUCCGCUAACCGGAUUGACUGGGCUACUCUGGUAAAGGUCGUCGUCACUCGCUUCUCCGACAGAUUAGACCUAGUGCGCCGCGUUUUGAAUACUACCAACUCCCAAAUCGAAGUUGGACUGGGGGAUAGCAAACUAUCGGAACGGGCGAAACAAGCGCAGAGGCACUUCAGCACAAUACUGGGUCCCUACACCCUUGCUUCAGCUACACCUUCUAAUGCCUCUGAUGUGUCCUGGGCAUCCCCGGUGUACAGGGAAUGUUCGGUGGCUCAUACAUCUUACAUCGCUCGGCAACAGCAUGGAUUCACACACUCGGAACGCUUAUUGUUGGCUGCAAUUGAGGAUACUAGUGGCGAAAUAUGCCGCGUUAUCACGAAGAUGUGGGCGAAAGGUGUCCUUGCUGGCUUGGAUAGCCAGCUAGAGUAUCCUCCGCUGGGUAACGUUGACCUCUCGGCCCUUGUAACGGAGUGGACCGUCUCGGUAACCACUCUGAUGGAAUGGUUAGAUUGGAGCCUGUGGGUUCGAUGCAAUCCUGCUUGUAGCUUUGAUGAGCUCUGCUAUCUUCCAACCUGGCCUUUCUUUCGCAGCCCGCGCAGGCGGCCACCACCUGGGCCAGGUCAUGAACUCUAUCAAUCCGAUCGCCGUACGGCAUACGCAGAUGAAGAGCAUAACAAUUUUGAAGAAGACUGGGAGGUACCCAAACCGAAAUGCGUUAGAAGACUCGAACCUUACACGUCGCUUUAA